GUCCUAACCGACCCAGCAGACAGAUUCGAGAGGCUUCGAACGGCAGGGUUGCAGCGACGAGCCGGCAACGAGAGAUGUCUCACUCAAGAGGAUCGAGGCAAAGCAGCUAUUCAAGGUACAGGAGUCGUUCCAGGAGCCUGGAUUCAAGUGAUGUUGACAACCCUGGGAAUAACCUUUUUGUUACUGGUUUGUCGUCUCGUUUAACGGAUAGAGAUCUGGAGAAGCACUUCUCUACUGAGGGAGAGGUGAUUGAUGCAAGCAUAGUACUUGAUCCAUGGACAAGGGAAUCCCGAGGGUUCGGGUUUGUUACCAUGGCCACUCUUAAGGAGGCAGAUCGCUGCAUUAAAUAUCUGGACCGUUCAGUGUUGGAAGGUCGUGUCAUUACUGUUGAGAAGGCCAAGAGAAGACGAGGUCGAAACCCAACACCUGGAAGGUAUCUUGGCACCAAGUCAUCACGUGGACGAAGGUAUUCCCUAAGCAGGUCCCCUGUUAGGAGAGACCGUUACAGGUCACGCUACUCUCCGGAGCGAGAACGUUCGUUUUCUCCUUACAGCAGAGGGCGGUCAUACUCCCGACGUGACAGGCGAAGAUCAUACUCCUCCUAUGAAAGGAGGGUAUCCUACUCUCCCUAUGGCAGGAGGAGAUCGUACUCUCCCUCUGACAGGUCUGUCUCCCCAUAUGACAGGCGCAGGUCCUACUCUCCGUACUAUAGGCGCAGGUCAUACUCUCCCUAUGACAAGCAUCGGAACUCACCUCGCCAUGGCCAUAGCCGCCGUUCAAGAUCCCCACGGUGUUACAGAGGGUAUAGGUCGCCUUCCUAUGACUACCACCGUUCUGUUUCAGCAUACCACAGCGGGCGCUAUUCUCGGAGGGACAGAAGACACAGCUAUUCUCCCAGUGUAUCGCCGGGCAGGAGUUACUCCCGCAGCUGUUCUCUGGUGUCUGAAGAAUCAGCGAGUUGUUCUCUGAUCCCAUUUGCGGAAAGCAAUUCGUCAUGCUGCAGGUCAUCUGGCAAGAGGCGUUCCAGAGAAAGCUAUGCUCACAGCCGCAGUUCGUACUCGAGGUCCGUCUCCAGGGAGCGCUCAGCCUGAGCUAGCGAUUGAUGUUUGAAGGCAGUACUGAUGAAGCCACCGUGUUUCAGUUGUUCUGGACUUAUGUAUUGACGAUUUGCUAUGUCCAUGUUGUACCUGAUACUGCUAUGUUGUUAGUUAAUUUCGUAUCGAUGUUGUAUUACUGGUUCAGUCUAGAAUCUGUAUGAUUGUUAGCUGUUGGCAGUGUAGUUCACCGGAUAUGUUAAAUUAGUGGUCAUAUAUGCAUUUCCUAUGUGGCUAUGUGCUCCAGAAUGCAUCGUACCUGGCUGGAUGCAGGUUGUUUGGUUAA